GUGUAUGUUCCUGGAAACAUGGCGGCCAGCUUCCGCGGCCGUCCUAUCCGGAGUCUUCGGAUGCGGGGUCGGAAUGACAGCGGGGAGGAGAACGUCCCGCUGGAUCUGAGCAGAGAACCAUCUGAAAACUUCCGUGAAAUCCUCCAAAAUGUGGCCAAAUCGCAUGGAGUCAGUAACAUGCGAAAGCUUGGCCACCUGAACAACUUCAUUAAGCUGCUUUGCAACAUUGGACAUCGGGAGGAGAGCUUCGGGUUUACAUAUGAGGAAAUCAUCGUUUGUCUGCGACUAGCUCUUCUAAAUGAGGCCAAGGAAGUGCGUGCAGCAGGUUUGCGGGCACUCCGCUAUCUUAUCAGAGACACCAACGUGCUGCAGAAGGUCCUCAGACUGCAGGUGGAUUAUUUGAUUUCCAGGUGCAUUGACAUCCAGCAAAGCAAUGAGGGGGAGAGGACUCAGGCGUUACGGCUUGUCCGAAAGAUAAUCACAGUCAACGCGAUGCUGUUCCCCACCUCUGUCGCAAAUUCUCUCAUUGCUAUCGGUACAGACGGACUGCAGGAGAGGGAUCGCAUGGUUCGCGCUGCCGUUGCCAUCGUAUGUGAGCUAGCCCUGAAGAACCCAGAGGUGGUGGCCAAACGCGGAGGUCUAAGCACAAUCCUCAAGAGCGUCAUCGACUGUCAGCUCAGUCGGAUCAACGAAGCCCUGAUCACCACGAUCCUCCACUUACUCAACCACCCGUGCACCCGCCAGUAUGUGCGUGUUGACGUGGAGUUCGAGCAAAUCCUCGCACCUUUCACUGAUUUCCACUAUCGACACAACGCUGACACAGCUGAAGGACAGCUCAAGGAAGACAGAGAAUCCAGGUUCUUGUCGAGCAGGAUGGCGAUAGUCGCUGCCUUUCGUUCUUGGUCUGGAAUUAUCAACUUGUGCAAGGCUGGAAAUUCUGGAAUCCAGUCUUUAAUUGGCUUACUUUGCAUACCAAAUAUGGAGGUUAGGAAAGGCUUGUUGGAGGUGCUAAAUGAGAUAUUCAGGCUUCCUGUGCCCAUCGUUACUGAAGACUUCACGGAGGCUCUCCAGAGCGUUGAUCCUGCCAGGUUCCAGGACACUUGGAGACUCUCUGAUGGGUUUGUGGCUGCAGAGGCUAAAGUUAUCUUACCCCAUCGGGCCCGCUCCAGGGCUGACCUGAUGGACAACUACCUGGCAUUUGUCCUUUCUGCCUUCAUAACAAGUGGACUGUUAGAGGGCCUCGUGGAAGUUGUCACCAGCAGUGAUGACCAGCUUGCUGUCAGAGCUACUAUACUCCUGGGAGAGCUUUUACACAUGGCAAACACAAUUCUUCCUCAUUCCCAUAGCCACCACCUGCACUGCCUUCCUACCCUCAUCAACAUGGCCGCCUCAUUUGACAUCCCACAAGAGAAACGGCUCCGUGCAAGUGCAGCCGUGAACAAUCUGAAGCGUUUCCACGAGAAGAAGAGGAAAGGUUUGAAGCCCUACAGUCUUUACCUGGACCACAUCAUUCGCAAAUCUGUGUCUUCCCACAGCCGCAGAGAUUCCCACUCGCGUGUCCAAAGGGACAUCUACGUCAUAAAGGACACUGAAGAAACACUGCUGAUGAACCUGAGAGACAGCCACAUCCUUAACCACAAGCAGAACUUGGAGUGGAACUGGUUGCUCAUCGCCACCAUCCUGAAGUGGCCUAAUGUGAACCUCAGGAACAAUAAAGAUGAACAGAUGCACAGGUUUGUUCGGAGGCUGCUGUACUUUUAUAAACCCACUAGUAAAUUAUACGCCGGACUGGCUUUGGAUCACGUUAAGGCCAGGCAACUCACUGUGGUUGGGUGUCAGUUUGUUGAGUUCCUCAUGGACUCAGAUGAGGACGGUCAGGGGUAUCUAGAGGACCUAGUGAGGGACAUGGUCUCGUGGCUCUGCUCAUGUUCAGGACUGAAGCCGGAGCGCAGUCUGCAGAGCAACGGCCUCCUCACCACCCUCAGUCAGCACUACUUCCUCUUCCUGGGGACACUUUCUGCACACCCACAAGGAGUCAAAAUGUUAGAGAAAUGUGGCCUGUUCCAGUGCCUGCUGAAUUUGUGCUCCGUAAAGAACCAAGAUGCUGUGCUGAAGCUUGCCGUAACAACUCUGGACUACAGCAGAGACGGCCUGGCCAGGGUCAUCCUCUCUAAGGUCCUCACCGCCUCCACUGAUACAUGCAGGUUGUACGCUACCAAACACCUGCGCGUGCUGCUGCGUGCCGGCGUGGAGUUCUUCAGCAGCUGGGGCAUGGAGCUUCUGGUCACCCAGCUUCAUGAUCACAACAAGGUUGUUUCCAUGGAAGCACUGGACAUACUGGAUGAGGCCUGUGAGGACAAGGCCAACCUUCAUGCUCUGAUCCAGCUGAAACCAGCUGUGUCCCAUCUGGGAGACAAAGGCCUCCUACUGCUCCUCAGGUUCCUGUCAAUUCCUAAAGGUUUUUCCUACCUUAAUGAAAGAGGUUAUGUCAGCAAACAGCUGGAUAAAUGGCAGAAGGAGUACAACCUUAAAUAUGUGGAUCUGAUAGAGGAGCAGCUGAACGAAGCACUAACAACUUACCGCAAACCCGUGGAUGGAGAUAACUACGUCAGACGCAGCAACCAAAGGUUACAAAGACCAAAUGUUUAUCUCCCUGUGCACUUGUAUGGUCAGCUGGUACAUGAUAAGACCGGCUGUCAUCUACUGGAAGCUCAGAAUGUCGUUCCAGACCUCAGCUACACGGUGCGCUCCCCGAUGCUGGACACCUGGGAGGGCGUCAAACUGCUGAAGGCUGCGCUCUGGGCUCUGGGCAACAUCGGCUCUUCGAACUGGGGUCUGAAUCUCCUGCAGGAGGAGAACGUCAUUCCUGACAUCCUGGCGUUGGCUCAGCACUGUGAGGUGCUGUCAGUGCGCGGCACCUGCAUUUAUGUGCUGGGCGUCAUUUCCAAGACCAAGCAGGGAUGCGAGGUUCUCAAGCAGUACGGUUGGGACGCAGUCAGGCACAGUCGCCGGACACCGUGGCCUGUCACUCCCGACGAGGUGGACACCCAGCUCACGUCGGAGCUCUCCUCCGUACCGAGCACGCUCAGUCUGAACUCGGAAUCCACCAGCUCCCGCCACAACAGCGAGAGCGAGUCUCAACCAAACAUGUACAUCCUGGACGAUGACAAAUGUGACGGUUUGGACUCGCCCGACGACCCCUCUUUCUACCCGCACUCCAAAGCCAUCAAAGAUCGCAGCCCAUUCACAAUCCUUGGUUCCACGCGCUUUGUUCGUCCGCGCUUCCUCAACUCCCUGUCCCUCCCCAGCAAGAAGCUCCGCUCCACUAGUGAUCCAAAGAGUUCCUCCGGCUCUCGCACUCCGACUGAUCUCAAGACGGAGAGCCCGCGGCGGAACAGGACGGUGACGGAGCCUUCGGUCUUCGGUCCCAACCAGGGAGACAUCUUCACCUCAGUAUUCAACAGCCGGGGAAUGCCAAAGAGUCCAACGGUUAGCCUGGAGACCUCCUUCGUAGGGACCAGGGGCGGAUCUGAGGAGCAGCUGGUGGACGGCAGGCUGGUCCGGGGCGGGGGCUCGGGUCUCGGGCUCAGCGGACUCGCCGGACACGGGGUGGCGGAGCACCACCGGGAGCAGAGCAGCCGCGAGCGUCUGGCGGGAGACGGCGGCUCCUCCGGCGGAGGCAACGUGGGCGGAGGAGGCGGGGGUACUCAGUUUAAAAGCCGCAGCCAGAGCUUUAACACGGAUACAACGACCAGCGGCAUCAGCUCCAUGAGCUCCAGCCCCUCCCGCGAAACUGUCGGAAACCCUGAGCACCCCGAGGUAGAGCCGGACUCCUCCGACUGCGUGAGCCUCAACACCGUCGUGUCGGCCAAGACUGUGAAAACGCUCUCCUCCCUCAGCCCCCAGCCGCAGACCAACCACAUGUCCGCCUCCAAGUCCUCCAACGUUUCACUGGUACCCCUGGGCUCCUCGCACACGCUUCCCCGCCGAGCCCAGUCCCUCAAGUCCCCCUCCGUCACCACCAUCAAGAGCCUGGCCGACUGCAGCUUCAUCUACACCAGCCCCAGGGACGCGCUGGGCUACGCCACACUGAAGCGGCUGCAGCAGCAGAGGAUACACCCGUCGCUGUCGCACAGCGAAGCCCUGGCUUCACCCGCCAAAGACGUGCUGUUCACCGACACCAUCACCAUGAAGACCGGCAGCCUGGACUCCAGGCUGACUCCUCGCAGGCUGUCAGACAGGAGGCGUACCUGUCCGGAACCAAGCGUCCCAAGCCCGUACCGCAGGCUGUCCAGGACACUUGUGCCGCGGUUCCUGAAGGCUCUGAGCUUCGCCUCGCUGGACAAAGAGGAGCUGCUCAGCCCCAUCAACCAAAGCACCCUGCACCGCUGCUCCUCGGUGCGCUCCAUGGUCUCCAGCGCCACCUUCGGCUGCAACGACGACUACAUCGGCCUGGCGCUGCCCAUGAACAUCAACGACAUGUUCCACAUCAGAGACCCCACCUACUUCCAGCAGAGGAUCAGCCCGCCCUCGGAGGAGCGGAAACGCUUCCUGUUCGGCGACGGAGACGGGGACCGGCCCGCUCUGCCGCUACUGAAGCAGCAGUUCAGCAUCUCGGAGCUGAUCGCGUCGCGAGGCGAGACUCAGAACCACCUGGUGGAUUCGGAGGAGACGGGUCUGCAGGAUCACUCUGAGGAGAACUGUCUGUACUGCGUGGGGGCCAGCGUCCUCGGCUACCCCACCCAGCCGCAGAUCAACAGCACUCACUCUCGGACAGAUUACGUCGACUUCCCCUCCUGGGGCGGCCAGGGGGGCCAUCGUCUGGAGGUGAUGCCUCAGUCGAAGUUCUCUGGCGUGUCGGGUUGCAGCGAUGCUGCUGUGUCACAGGGGUCCAUCUCUAGCACGCCCACACCUGGGGACAUUGUUAUCGGGCUUAACAAGUGCACGUCCUCUGCAGGCGGGAAGGCGAUAUCCGACGACGGCCCCGCCUCUCGAGUCCUUCUGAGGAAGGAGAUUCUCCGCCUCAUCAUCAACCUCAGCUCCUCCGUCGGAACCAAAGGCCACGAAACGGGACUGUUGACGAUAAAGGAGAAGUUCCCUUAUGCGUUCGAUGACAUUUGCCUGUACUCGGAGGUUUCCCACCUCUUAUCCCACUGUAUGUUUCGACUGACUUCGAGGCGCUUCAUACAGGAACUCUUCCAGGACGUGCAAUUUAUGCCAAUGUACGAGGAAGCUGAAGCAAUCCUGACAAAGCUACCAAAACCCGUGGAAGAGGACGUUGACCCGCCCGCUGAGUCCUGAUCCUCCUCCCGCCCGCCUUGUGUUUAGUGCGCCGCUGCAGUCCGGACUCCUCACAGCUGUGGAAAGCAAAGCAGGUCUGAGGCUCUACGGACAGAGGGACGUUGGGCUGGUUUCUGUUGCUUGAAACAGAGGAGCGUCGCUCCGCGUCCCCCCGCCCCCAUGCGCCGGAAACAAACAAAAAAAAAGACUUCAAUGACCGAACACAUAUUUAAUGCUGUUUCAGAAGAGAAAAUUUACAGCAGAUUAGCCAAAAACCUGUUUUAUACAACACAGAAAUAUUCACUGUCAGAUCAUCAUAAAACUGAAGGACAAUGAUGGUGUAUUAAACAAAAAUAUGGGUAAGUAGUCCUUAAAAAUCAAUUAUAAUCAGUUAUAAUUUCUGCAGAUUUGGGUGGUUUCCCUUAAUGAAGCGAGUAAGACGCAUCGUCACGUCUGCCUGGAGAUUCCUCGGACCUUGCCUUCUUUUCUUCAAACAAAAACACUACAACGGAUCCUGCUGCUUUGAACUGGGGCCGUCCAGGUCCAACCCCCCCCCCCCCCC